AGGAAGGGGUAUGAAAAGUAAGUAGUGAUGACUCAAAUCUAGUAUUCCAGAAACAUCUUUUAGCGAAAGCAACCUAAUUAUAAAAGACUCGAGGAAGAAGAAGAAAAAGAAGGGUUUCGUGUUCUUCACAAAGUAAAGCUAUUUGAAAGAUGGCGGAGCACUUAGCUUCUAUAUUCGGAACGGAGAAGGAUCGAGUGAAUUGUCCUUUCUACUUCAAAAUCGGCGCUUGCCGUCACGGAGAUCGAUGCUCGCGUCUCCACACCAAGCCUAGCAUCAGCCCUACGCUUCUCCUUUCGAACAUGUAUCAGCGUCCCGAUAUGAUUACUCCUGGUGUUGAUGUCUAUGGUAACCAUAUUGAACCGCGUAAGAUGCAGCAACACUUCGAGGAAUUUUAUGAGGAUCUGUUUGAGGAGCUGAACAAAUAUGGUGAGAUUGAGAGUCUGAACAUCUGUGACAAUAUCUCUGACCACUUGGUUGGUAAUGUGUAUGUGCAGUUUCGAGAAGAAGAGCAGGCAGGAAAGGCGCUUCGGAAUCUUCAAGGAAGAUUCUAUGCAGGUCGUCCGAUCAUUGUUGACUUCUCCCCUGUCACCGACUUCCGUGAAGCUACUUGUCGACAGUACGAGGAAGAUACUUGCAAACGUGGUGGAUACUGCAACUUUAUGCACCUGAAAACAAUUAGCAGUGGAUUGAGGAGGCAGUUAUAUGGAAGAUACAAAAACAGGCAUAGUCGUAGCAGAAGUAGGAGCCCUUACAGGCAUCGUAGUCAUGAAGAUCGCUCUCAUGAAAGGCAUAGCCGCAGUAGAAGGCAUGAUGAAGAUGAUGAUAGUGAGAGCCGUAGCAGGAGCAGAAGAUACAGGAGCAAGAGUCCUCGCCACAGAAGAGGACGGAGGAGUAGGAGCACAAGUAGAAGUCCUGGUGGAAGGAGACAGAGGAGUCCUGUUAGGGAUGGGAGUGAGGAAAGACGUGCCAGGAUUGAGCAAUGGAACAGGGAGAAAGGAGAGCAAGAAAGUGCAAAUAACAGGGCAAAUGACAAUUGCAGCGAUGGGUACAUGAAGAAGGACGAUUAUCAUCAGGAGCCGUCCUUUCAACAAGAAGGCUAUUGAUACCACCAAUCAUAUCUGGUCAGUUCAAAAUUUCUUUCCCAUAUGUCUCGACAAUCCUUAGAGGUAGAUUCAGUUAGGUAUCCAGCUCACAGCCCAUUUUCCGCUGUGCAGGUUUGUGCAGGGUCAGAAACUGUGAUUAAAAUUAUAUAGUUUGCUUAGUUUCAAUUGAUUGGGUUAGUGCUGACAACUUUUUCUGUGGAAGUCAUGCAUGUUGGUAGUCGUAGUAGUCCUUGCAUAUGCUUCCUUGCUUUCCCUGCAACGAUGUGAACCACCCUAAAUUUAUGUUUUGCUCUUGCGAAACCAAUCUCAGUUUUCCUUAUUGUUUUCAUCAGAUCAACUAUCUUAGUAGUCCGUUUUUUCCCCUGUGUUUUUGUGGGUUCGUUCAUACUUCACUAAUAAUUAAUAAAUCAUUCUGUUCAUGCUUAGUUUGGGUAUGAAUUCGAAACCUUGUUUGUUACUCAUAGUCAUAGUGUUGUAUCAUUGUGUAUGUCUUUGCGUUGUUUGGGUGCGUAUCUAUAGUGCAUGUAGAAUUUUGUUUGUUACAGUCAGGGCAAUAUGACAAGUGCAAGUUGGGAAUAAAGCGAAUACAACCAUAUCUCUCUGUACUGUUCUGGUCAUCUUAUCUCCAACUCUUAUUUUUUGUCCCAUAUCUCUGGUUUUGCUUUUGUGUGCUUACGAUUUGUGAAGAUUUUUGCAGGUUCAGGUUUGGCCUUGUAGGAAAGAUAGGUGCAAAAAGGUUUGUUAACAAUCUGCGGACUUUGUUUUACAGGUUUUAAUGGUGGCUUGAAGAUUUGUGUUUGAAAAGAUUUGCAGAUGCUAAGACUCUUGGAUUCAUGGUGGCUUGAAGAUUUAUUUUCCGUUUGUGUUUUGAAUUUUCUGACUUAGUUCUUCUUGGCUUUGUAUGGAUAUUAUUUUAUACUUUUGGAUUUGGACGUUUAGUGUGAUUUGUCUAAAUGGAUCUUACGGUUUGGUUAAGGUGUUUUCAACUCGA